GAGGCGGCACGAGGGUAUACGGGGCGGGCGGAGAGGACGGCCACAUAUAAAAGAUCGUCGCAGCGGCGCCCACACGGCUUCAGAGGGAAGCCAGAUUUGUCGUCCUGGGAAGCACCCGCGUGUCGCCAUGGCCCAGAGUGCCACCUGUGUGUCUAGGGUUUACAAUGGAGUGAUCGAGGAUGUCAUUGCUGGUGUGCGUGAAUGCUUUCUUGAUGAAGGUAUAGAUGAACAAGUGCUUACUGAACUACGCUUAUUAUGGGAACAGAAAUUGCAUCGAAUGAAUGUGAUAGACAAUUCUGAACCUGGAACUACUUCGGCUUCCCAUCACCACCAGCAACAGUCAUCACACCAUCAGCAGCAGCAGCAGCAGCAGCAGCAGCAGCAGCAACAGCAGCAGCAGCAGCAACAACAGCAGCAGCAGCAGCAACAGCAACAGCAGCAGCAACAACAGCAGCAGCAGCAACAGCAACAGCAGCAGCAACAAACACAACAAACUCAAGCUGGAGGUGCAACUUCACUGGCACCAGCAAGCCUAGUGCCAGUGCAAAUCACAGUGCCAGCUCAGCAAGCUGGAGGAGUGCCCAAGACCAUCACCAUACAUGUACCAUCAUCAGCACUAGCUAAUGGUGUUGCUGGCCAGCAGCUGCAAGCUAUCCUCAGUUCACCCACUGCUGCUCACACAUUUUCUCUUGAGGCUAGUCGGGCUGCCGAGAUCAUCCAGCGGAAGCUGAACCAAGCACUAGAAGAAAAUGGUAUUGCUUUGCCCCCACAGCUCCAGCAGUAUAACCAUAUUGGAGCUACUCAGGUUGAUGGAGCAAAUGACGAACCACUCUGCACACCUCAUCCCAACACAUGUUCCUCUGCUAGAUUCACCCAUCCGAGAGCAUCUACCAGCAGUUUGAAGAACCAGCCUAUUGUCACUGCAGAUAAGAACAUAAUGGAUGCGAUACUGCUUAAGAGAUUAAAGGCUACUCAGGUUGAUGGUUCCUAUGGUACUGGCGAUAGCUCAUCAGAGAUAUCAGACGACGACGACGACGACGAUGAUGACAAAGAUGAGGAAGAUGAUAAAAAGUCAUUGGAUGAGGGUGAAGAUGAUGAUGAUGGGGAUGGACCAGAGGAGGAGCCCCUCAACAGUGAUGAUGAUGUUAGCGAGGACGACACUUCGGACAUGUUUGAUACUGACAAUGUAGUUGUGUGCCAGUAUGACAAGAUCACUCGAGUGAGGAAUAAGUGGAAGUUCACCUUAAAAGAUGGCAUCAUGAACCUGAGAGGGAAAGAUUAUGUCUUUCAAAAGGCGACGGGGGAGGGCGAGUGGUAAAGUUGGAAUUCCACAAAGCUUUUGAUUUUAGUCCCUUACUGGAAGAAUUCAGGUGAAAGUCUGGGCACCAAUAUAGUGGCUUGAAA